AUGUCCUAUGUGGCAGAACAAGCAGGAACCAAGUUGCCAAUCGAAAUACUUUUGAUAAUCAUAACUUAUCUACCAAGUGCCAAAUACUUUUUUAAAUGCACAUGUCUUUCCCAUACCAUUAAUUCACAUCUGAAAUCAUCAGCAACUCGACAACAAUGGCUUCUUAAUUUACCUCCGUCUCCUUCUGUUCUGUUUAUCGCCAACAAGAUGAAGAUUAGUCUACCAUUCGAACAUGCUCGAUCUGCUAUGGAACAUGGCGUUGACAAAUCCCACAUGAAAAGCAUCCUUGCACUAUCAGAGCAUUACCUGAACAACGCCAUUCCACCAUUUUUGUCUAAUAUAUAUUUGUCGAGACAACUUUCGCCAGAUGAAAUCUCAGUACUUGAAGAGGUUUACCUGCAAUAUUUUGUUUUUCGCGAGGCAACAAAAAGACAAGAGGACUCCAAAACCAAAUGGAUAGAAUGCACGUUUGGUAAAACUGAUAUCGAUGACCAUAAUAUUUCUGCUUGGGUCAACCAUGCAUUUGAACUUUCAGUUAGUGAUUUCUAUACCACUAUAGCCAAAAGAAUAGCCAGUAAUUGA